UAUAGCACACGAGCAUGGCAUGGAACUGUCAAAUCGAACGCUGCUGGUGUUGUUUUCUGCACGUUGUUUACAUCUAGCAAAGAUGAAGGGGAAGUCUGGUGUACCCGAUCGGUGGUAUAACUACAGCUGCCAUGGCAAUGUGUUGAUCGACCGGUUCAUCGCACUGAAGGUGCCGCUCUCGCGGAGAAUUAACUCCGUUCAGCACGAACACCGCUUCACGCCCGAGCAUGUCAUCGAGAAGCUACCGAUAGGGAUGCUGAUCGAUCUAACCAACACGUCGCGCUAUUACGACCCGAAGCAGUUCACCGCGAGCGGUAUCGAACAUGUGAAAAUUAAUGUUCCCGGUCAGGUGGUGCCACCGGUGCGGAUAGUGGAUCGAUUCAUCGAAAUAGUAAAAUCAUAUCUGAACGAUCCCGAAAGUGAAGGCAAACUCAUCGGGGUGCACUGCACGCACGGGCUUAACCGGACGGGCUACCUAAUCUGCGCCUACAUGAUACUGGAGCUCGGCUAUGACCCGAACGAAGCGAUUCGCCUGUUCAAUGCCAAGCGGGGCCAUCGAAUGGAGCGCGAUAAGUAUCUGCAGAGCUUGCGGCAAAUGGCACCGGCCGGGCAGGAUAAUGGCCGGUUGGGUGUGCAACCGGAAGGAGGGUACACUAUCCGGUCGGGAAUGCAUCCGGAAGCGUACGAUAGCCGCCCGGCAAACCGAUCGGAGGGAGGAGGAGAGUACAAUAGCCGGCCGGGAAUGCGCUCGGGAGGAUAUAACAACCGCCCGGGAAUGCAAUCGGAUGCAGGGUACAAUGGCCGCCCGGGACGAUACGAUGAACGUUCCUGGAGACAGCCGGAAGGAGCUUCCAAUGGGCGCUCGUGGAGGCAAACGGAAGGAGGAAAUAACGACCGCUCGUGGAGGCAACCGGAAGGAGGAAAUAAUGAUCGUUCUUGGUGGCAACCGGAAGGAGGAUCCAAUGAUCGUUCUUGGUGGCAACCGGAAGGAGCGUCCAAUGAUCGCUCUUGGAAGCAACCGGGAGGAGUGUCCAAUGAUCGCUCCUGGAGGGACCUGGGAGGAGGAUCCAAUGAUCGCUCUUGGAAGCAACCGGGAGGAGCGUCCAAUGAUCGCUCUUGGAAGCAACCGGGAGGAGCGUCCAAUGAUCGCUCCUGGAGACAACCGGAAGGAGGGUUCAAUGGCCGCCAGGAAAUGCGCUCAGAAGAAGAUUAUAAUAGCCGCCCGGCGAAGCAACCGGAAGUGCGCGGUGGUCGCUCUGCACGAUUACCACCGGCAAACGAUGGGAUCCAACAGCGGUCCAAUCAGGAACGAUGGGACCCAUCGGUCAGACGGAUCGUGCGUCCGCAAAAACACACCUACCGAGUUCCGGCACACCGGCGCACCGAUGGACAUGAGCUGCAGCCGAAACACAUAAAGUUUGAAUGAACUAAGUUAUGAUUUUUUUUUGUUUUUGGUUGAUGAAAUCUAUUCUUCGCGUACUUUUGGCACACUUUUUAUGCCUGGCCUGGUCUGUCCGUGAGAUUGUGUUUUCUCAUACGUAAUGAAUAA